CUGACGGUGGCGGAAGUCUAUCCGGUAAAGUGGAUAAUAUACUCCCCCCCCUCCAUUUAAGCUGUUAUUCGGGGGCGGGGCUCGCUCUUAUUAAUGGCAUCAGCUGAUCCUGACUGUAUCCAGGUCGCGCGUUUCAGGGUUGAAAGAAGGCAGCUGCCGAUUCUGAGUUUUGUGUGUUGCUAGGAUGCAAGGUGGCGGCUGUGGUUGCAGAAAAUAAAUUCCUGUAACUUAGUGCCGAGUGAGUGAAAGUUACUUGGCUGCAAUUGUUCCACUACGGCCAUUUUUUCGGUUUCUGAGUCAAGAACGGGAAGAUGGGGAACAGUGCCUUAAAAGCUCAUUUGGAGACUGCCCAGAAAACAGGGGUAUUCCAACUAACUGGAAAAGGCCUUUCAGAGUUUCCUGAAGAUCUGCAGAAGCUGACAAGCAAUCUCAGAACAAUAGAUUUGUCGAACAAUAAGAUCGAGACUUUGCCUCCAUUCAUGGGAAGAUUCUCUGUGCUGAAAAGCCUUGCCCUCAACCACAACAAACUGACUGCCCUGCCUGAGGAACUGUGCAAGCUGAAAAAACUUGAGGCUUUGCAUCUAAAUAGCAACCAUCUGCCACAGCUACCUGCUGCCUUUGGACAGCUCUCAGCACUGAAGACUCUGAGCCUUUCGGGAAACAAGCUCCGAACUGUACCUCCCCAGCUCUGUAGCCUUCGUCACUUAGAUGUGGUGGAUCUCUCCCGAAAUCAGAUCCAGAGUGUACCAGACACAGUGGGAGAACUGCAGGCCAUUGAACUGAAUUUAAAUCAGAAUCAGAUUGCACAGAUCUCAUCAGAGAUCUCUCACUGUCCUCGCCUCAAAGUCCUGCGUCUGGAAGAGAACUGUUUAGAACUAAGCAUGCUUCCUCAGAGUAUUCUCAGCGAUUCUCAGAUCUCUCUGCUUGCAGUAGAGGGCAAUCUCUUUGAAAUCAAGAAACUCAGAGAGCUAGAUGGGUAUGAUAAGUACAUGGAGAGAUUCACAGCCACAAAGAAAAAGUUUGCCUGAUGGAAUUUCAUCUUGUGAAGGAAAAGUUCAUGAAAUGUGGAUCAUACAUGCUGCUAGCCUGUUUGGAGAAGGAUAGCCAAGGUUUUGACUAAUGCCAAGGAGAGACCAGCUGUGCUGACUUUGCAGUGGUCUGGUAUGUAGACAUUUAAUGCUGCAGUGAAGCUAAGAUGCAGCCAGAUGUUUACAUUAAGAGCAGACAAAAAAGUCUGCCUUACGAGAUUCUCCAUCUUCAGGGAUCUUUGUGGAUUGCGAGAAAAAUCUUGUAUAUUACUUGAGCGGCAUCAGUUUGUUACAGUUGUCAGCAAGCUUGUGUUUUAAGGAAGUUAUAAGGAGAGUGAAUUUAAUAUGUCUAGGGAACACUUGCCAAGGAGCGCACUGAGGCUAUGUAACCGCUUAACAAUGCAAAGUCAUCUCUUUUCUGUAAAUGUCCUAUAGUGUAGAAGAGGCUGGCUCUGCUUUUUUAAAACUAUAUUUUAUGAAGCACAGAGUUAAUUUUAGUGUAGUGUUAAAAGAUUAAAACAUGUUUUGGCUUCACUUUACAAGGGCAGCCUAUGGUUGGCUUGUCUUCCACUUGAUGGUGAAAUGCACUACAAUUCAUUUCCAAGCAUGCUGAUGGAUGGUAUAUGUGACUGGACCUAGAUGUCCACACUGACUGCAUUGGGGGAGGGGAGAGAAGAGGACAUCCUUGCACUGUUUAUGGUGGUAGAACAAACUCAACUGCUUAAUUUGGUUGAUCACCUUUAUUAUUGCUGCCUUAUGCAAAGCACGCAGGAGGACCGAAAAAAUAUGCAACUACCCUGAAUAACUUGUAUAUUUUUACUUUAAACAACUUACAUCCACAAAUGUCUUAAGCUUUUUGGCACCUUGAGCAUUAAAGCUAUGUUAUAAACUAUUAACUUAUACUAUGAAUAAUAAAACAUAUGCAUAAUUAAAA